AGUCAAGAAGAAGAACAAACCCCUGAACCUCAAGAUCCACAACAGCGUGGGAAGCUGCGAGAACAUCCCGGCGCAGCGCUCCCCGCUCCUCGCUGAGCGCUCCCUGCGCUCCUUCUUCGUGGGGUACCCGCCGUUCCUCCCCUCCACCCCUCCCGUCCACACCGAAGCCACCUUCUCAGCAAAUACGCUGUCAGUGCCUCGCUGGUCCCCGCAGAUCCCCCGUCGAGAUCUCGGAAACUCGAUAAAACACAGGUUUUCCACCAAGUACUGGAUGUCUCAGACCUGCACCGUCUGUGGGAAGGGAAUGUUGUUUGGCUUAAAAUGCAAAAACUGCAAGCUCAAGUGCCACAACAAAUGCACCAAAGAGGCGCCUCCGUGUCACCUGCUGAUCAUCCACCGCGGAGGUAAGGGUCUUUCUUCCCGCCUCCAGGGAUAUAAAACACCAGCAAGGUUAGUCCGGACGGAAUCGGUGCCCUGCGAUAUCAACAACCCCUUGAGGAAACCCCCCAGGUAUUCGGACCUGCACGUCAGCCAGACGCUCCCCAAAACCAACAAGCUCAACAAGGACCACAUCCCAGUGCCCUACCAGCCAGACUCCAGCAGCAACCCUUCCUCCACCACUUCCUCCACACCCUCCUCGCCGGCCCCGCCGCUGCCGCCCAGUGCAACGCCCCCGUCCCCCCUGCACCCCUCCCCGCAGUGCCCGCGCCAGCAGAAGCAGUUCAACCUGCCAGCUUCCCAUUAUUACAAAUACAAGCAGCAGUUCAUUUUCCCAGAUGUGGUGCCUGAAACGCCAACCCGAGCCCCGCAGGUGGUCCUGCACCCCGUCACCUCCAACCCCAUCUUGGAAGGGAACCCAUUGCUUCAAAUUGAAGUGGAGCCCACCUCGGAGAACGAGGAAGGCGCCGAGGAGGUGCAAGAAUCCGAGGAUGACUUCGAAGAGAUGAACCUCUCGCUCCUCUCCGCCCGCAACUUCCCCCGCAAAGCCAGCCAGACCAGCAUCUUCCUCCAGGAGUGGGACAUCCCAUUCGAGCAGCUCGAGAUCGGCGAGCUCAUCGGCAAGGGCCGCUUCGGGCAGGUCUUUCAUGGGCGCUGGCACGGCGAGGUGGCCAUCCGCCUCAUCGACAUCGAGCGGGACAACGAGGACCAGCUGAAGGCUUUCAAGAGGGAGGUGAUGGCGUAUCGGCAGACCCGGCACGAGAACGUGGUGCUCUUCAUGGGAGCCUGCAUGAGCCCUCCCCACCUCGCCAUCAUCACCAGCCUGUGUAAAGGACGGACUCUCUAUUCGGUGGUGAGAGAUGCCAAAAUCGUCCUGGACGUCAACAAGACGAGGCAGAUAGCGCAAGAAAUUGUGAAGGGGAUGGGCUACCUGCACGCCAAGGGGAUCCUUCACAAGGACCUCAAGUCAAAAAACGUCUUCUACGACAAUGGGAAGGUGGUGAUCACGGACUUCGGCCUCUUCAGCAUCUCGGGAGUUCUCCAAGCAGGCAGGCGGGAGAACAAGCUGCGGAUCCAGAAUGGCUGGUCCCCUGAGAUCAUCCGCCAGCUCUCGCCGGACACCGAGGAGGACAAGCUGCCCUUCUCCAAGCACUCGGAUGUCUUUGCGCUGGGCACGAUCUGGUACGAGCUGCACGCGCGGGAAUGGCCCUUCAAGACGCAGCCGGCGGAGGCAAUAAUCUGGCAGGUGGGGAGAGGGAUGAAGCCCAACCUCAGCCAGAUCGGGAUGGGCAAGGAGAUCUCGGACAUCCUCCUCUUCUGCUGGGCCUAUGAGCAAGAGGAGAGACCCACCUUCACCAAGCUCAUGGACAUGCUGGAGAAACUGCCAAAGCGCAACCGUCGCCUUUCCCACCCCGGGCACUUCUGGAAGUCGGCAGAGUAA